AUGAGUAGUGAAGAUCAGAGGCCGGUGGCGAUCAGCGUGUGCUCGACGCCGAGCGACGACAGGAGCCUCGCCGGCGCCGGCGCCGGCGCCGUGGCCUCCACGCCGAGAUCGUCCAAGCUGGUGCCUCUCGAUUCACUGCAGAAACUGAUGCUCAAGUCGCCGCUGGCUCCAGUCCAAGACGAGCCAGCACCGGUGCCGCUGGUGAAGAAGGUGGCGGCGGAGUUCAUCGGCACGUUCAUCCUCAUGUUCACGGUGGUGUCCGCCAUCGUUGCCGACGCGCACCAGCACGGCGGCGGCGGCGGCGCGGGGGGCGUCCUCGGCAUCGCGGCGGCGGCGGGGCUCGCGGUGGUGGCGGUGGUGCUCGCCGUCGUGGACGUGUCGGGGUCCCACCUGAACCCGGCCGUGAGCAUCGCCAUGGCCGCGUUCGGGCACCUCCCGCGCGCCCACGUGGCGCCCUACGCCGCCGCGCAGACGCUGGGGUCCGCCGCCGCCACGUUCCUGGCGAAGGGGAUGUACCGCCCCGCCGACCCCGGCGUGAUGGCGACGGUGCCCCGCGGCGGCGCCGUUGCCGAGGCGUUCUUCGUCGAGCUGGCGCUCACGUUCGUGCUCGUGUUCGUCAUCGCCGCCGUCGCCACCGACCCGGCGUCGAGCAAGGAGGCCGUCGCCGUCUCGAUCGCGGCGGCGAUCACGAUGAACGCCCUCGUCGGAGCGUCGUGGACGGGGCCGUCGAUGAACCCGGCGAGGACGAUCGGGGCGGCGGUGGCGACGGGGAAGUACAAGGACAUCUGGGUCUACCUGGUGGCGCCGCCGCUGGGCGCCAUCGCGGGAGCCGGCACCUACACACUCAUCAAGCCCUGAUCGAUCCAUCGAUCUCAUGCACCGUACGUGCCAUGCAUCGCUCCAUCCAACAACCAGGUCAAUGUUGAAGCAGCCUCUAGCACUGGCACAAAGCAAUCUAGAAGUUUAAUCUCUUUAUGUUAGCCAGGAACGAUGAGUUUUAAGCGUGUGGAUUAUGAGAACGGCAGAGUGCAAGGACCUCGCGGACCUGAAGAUACUGGAGAUAAGCCAAGUGAAGCAAUAAUAGCUGGAAUGGUGGAUGAUCAAGUGCACAUCAGGGACCAUUUGAAACGCAUGAAUUUCACACAAAACUAUACUGGCUGGUGUCCAUUCUUGCGUUUGUCGCAACAAACAAACUUUUGCCAUACAUAGGAAUCAGAGAAGUUUCAACGGAGAAAUUGAA